GGUACAUGCGGUCAGAGGGCAGGGUUGAAACAAGAGCAGCCAAUCACCAGGCGUCGAGCUCACGUUGCCCAAUGGAACGUUGGAACUUUCAUUUGGAACGUGGAUACACUGAGGGGGCGGGGCCUGAGCUGAGAGUGGCGGAAGUGCUACUGGACAUGGCAGUUCCUCAAGUCCAACUGAGUACACUCUGGGCUGGUUUUGAUAAUGUUGUCGAAAGUGUCAGCAAACUACCCCAAGAUUUGUUUGCAGAGGUGUGCCAACAGAUUAUGUUAUACCUACAAUGCAAAAUCCCUGGUGUGAAUACACUUGAACUGGUUGAAAGACUUCAAGCUGCUGGUGUUGAACUGGAUUUUGAAGCUACCAAGGAGUUAGUUCACGUUAUCUCCUUGUUUUUCAGGUAGCAAACAUUUAUAAUAUGUCUGCC